AUGGCUUCCUCUUCCUCCUCUCCUGUGGCAAGAUCGAUUGUAUCUGCUAAACUGUAUGAUGUAUUCAUCAGCCACCGAGGCCCUGAUGUCAAAGAAACGCUUGCUAAACAACUGUAUGACCUUCUUCAGGAAAGAAGGUGCCAGGCAUUUCUAGACCGUGAAGAGAUAAAAGGGGGAGACUCUAUUCCAUCUGCCAUUCACAAUGCCAUAUGCUCAUCUGUUGUCCAAAUAGCCAUUUUUUCAAAAGGGUAUGCAGAAUCUUCAUGGUGUUUGGACGAGCUGGUUCUUAUGCUACAACAAACUGAUGCCCUGUUUAUUCCUGUCUUCUACGAUGUCAAGCCAUGGGAGCUACGGUACAUCGAGAACAAGAAUUCACAGUAUGCUGCAGCAUUUUUUUAUUAUCAAAGCCAAGGCAGGAAUCUUGAUAAGCUUCAUAAAUGGAAAAGCUCCCUUGAAUCUGCUUCAAAUAUAUCUGGUUAUGAACUUAGCCAGUAUCAAGACAAUUUGUGUGAGAAAAUUGUGUCUCGUGUGAUACAAGUAGUGCAAGAAAAGAAAAAUAGUAUAGCAUUAGAUGUUGCAAAAUAUCCGGUUGAACUUGCUAAACUCGUCCAAGAUUUUGAAAGGUCUUGUUCAAAGACAGAGACAGUGAGGGACAAGCUCUUAGAAGAUCUUUUCCCUAAAGAUCAAGAGAUAAAAGAACUAAAGAUUAGAAGUGUGCAUGAUGGAAUCGGAAAGCUGAAGUAUCAUCUGGGAAGGGCAAGACAUUUGCAUUUCCUUAUAAUUCUAGAUGAUAUAGAUCGUGAGAACCAGUUAGAUGCCCUUUUACCUGAAGGUAUGCUGAACUCUGGUAGUCUGGAUCCACCCAUUGCAUAUGAAAAAUUGGUUGAGAAGUUCGUGGAAUUCUGUGGAGGUUUACCUCUCUCACUCGAAGUUCUGGGUGCCCAUGUUUAUCGAAGGAAUGAACAUUAUUGGGGUUAG